UGUUUGGCAAUGCUCUGGCCAAUCCUUUUCAUUGCAACCUGCAUUACUCUUGUAACGCCGCGGGUGCCGAGGUUCAGUCCAUCUGUUCUACUUGAUUUGUGGGAGGGAGUGUGGCUGCCAUCUGCCAUCUGCUGAUCAUCCAUUAUUGAUUGCUAUCCCCGUAUUUGCUUGCUCCUUCUCUCCUUCGAAAACACACCUUCCAGACGCUGCACAGGUCUUCCUUCCUCUCUCGAUUCACGCCCAGGAACACUCCUUGCAUCUCACGAGACUCGAAUUUCAUCAACUCGUCCACACUUCUCCUCUCUCUGCGCAGCCAAAAUGACCCCUCCCCGUGUCAUUGUUGUUGGUGGUGGCCUGUCUGGUCUCAGCGCCGCCCAUACCGUCUAUCUCAACGGCGGUAAUGUCAUUGUCUUGGAUAAGAACAACUUCUUUGGUGGAAACUCGACCAAGGCCACCUCCGGAAUCAACGGAGCUCUCACUCGAACACAAGUCGACCAUGGCAUUGGCGAUUCGGUCAAGCAGUUCUACGAGGAUACCCUCAAGUCCGCCCGCGACAAGGCCAGACCAGAUCUGAUCAAGGUCUUGACAUACCAAUCAGCCUCCGCUGUCGAAUGGCUGCAAGACGUCUUCAACCUCGACCUGACUCUUGUUUCUCGUCUUGGUGGACAUUCCUUCCCCCGAACUCACAGAGGCCACGAUGCCAAAUUCCCCGGCAUGGCCAUCACAUAUGCCCUCAUGCAACGACUAGAAGAGCUGACUGAGGCCGAGCCCGAGCGGGUUGAGGUCAUCAAAAAGGCAAAGGUCACCAAAUUGAACAAAGAGGGCAACCUCAUCACCGGUGUCACCUAUGAAUUUGAUGGUCAAGAACACACAGUCGACGGCGUUGUCAUUCUUGCCACUGGUGGUUAUGCUGCUGAUUUCACUGAGACUUCCCUGCUCAAGAAACACAGACCAGACACAUUCGACCUCUCCUCCACAAACGGAACCCACGCCACCGGUGACGGCCACAAGAUGCUCAUGGCCAUUGGCGCCAAUGAUAUCGACAUGGACAAGGUUCAAGUCCAUCCCACAGGUCUGGUCGACCCCAAGGACCCUGGCUCCAAGUGGAAAUUCUUGGCCGCCGAGGCUCUCCGUGGUGAAGGUGGUAUCCUGAUCAACAACGAGGGCAAGCGGUUCUGCGAUGACUUGGGCCAUCGUGAUUACGUUUCCGGCAAGAUGUGGGAGGAGAAGGAGAAGGGCAAAUGGCCCAUUCGCCUUGUCCUCAACUCCAAAGCCUCCAACAUUCUUGAUUUCCACACCCGCCACUACUCUGGCCGAGGCUUGAUGAAGAAGAUGAGCGGUGACGAGCUCGCCAAGGAAAUUGGUAUCAGCAGAAGUGCCCUCGAGGCAUCCUUCUCCGACUACAACGCCAUUGCCAAGGGUGACAAGAAGGAUGAGUGGAACAAGAAAUACUUCCACAACCUGCCCUUCAAUGUCGACGAUACUUUCCACGUUGCUGUCAUGGAACCAGUGCUCCAUUUCACCAUGGGCGGCAUGGAGAUCAACGACAAGGCUCAAGUUCUCAACAAGGAGCAAAAGCCGUUCGAUGCCCUCUUUGCCUGCGGUGAGCUUGCAGGUGGUGUUCACGGUGCAAAUAGAUUGGGUGGUUCAUCACUCCUCGGAUGUGUCGUCUAUGGACGUGUCGCUGGUGCAUCUGCCUCGCAAUACCUGUUCCAGAAACUGACCGCUGGCGGUGUUACCACUGCUUCGCAGCGUGCCGGUCAAAUCUCCCUUCACAUCGAUCCCAACACACCUGGCAAGAUCUCUGUCGAAUGGGGAAGCGGUGGCUCUGGCGGCGCUAGCGCAUCGGUUGGUACUGCAGCGACCAGCCAGCAGGCUCAAAAGACGGCGGCACCAGUCAUGGAUGGCAACAAAGGUGAGGACCCAGCCAAGAAAAAGGAGGCCAACGACAUCAGCUCAUUCAAGGUCCCCGAUAAGGAGUUCUCUCUUGAGGAAGUAGCCAAGCACAACAAGAAGGAUGAUCUGUGGAUUGCUGUCAAGGGUAUUGUUAUGGAUGUGACAAACUGGCUUGAUGAGCACCCGGGUGGUCCCCAGGCACUUUUCAGCCACAUGGGCAGAGAUGCGUCGGAAGAAUUCGAGAUGCUCCACGACGAUGAAGUUAUUCCCAAGUACGCAGCCGAUAUUGUGAUUGGCCGAGUUCAGGGCCAGGAGGUGCGGUUAGAGUACUAGGAGGAAAAAACCAUUGUCUCAAUCUUAUCUGCCCUAUUGUAUGUGAAGCCUCUGGGAGUAAAAUGCUAUUUUUUUCAACCAUCUCCAUGAGCCUUGUAAUUUACGUUGGUCAAAUGAAACUCGUGGAGUCUAUAUUGAAACCAUGCAUGCGAUCUGAGUCG